GUGAUCGCCGAGAAGCCCCAGGACGCCUACGGGCUCGUGGAGGUCCUCAGUCGCCUGGUCAAGGAGCCGGCCGCGCCGGCCACGCCCGAGGCCACCCCGGAGGAGACCGCUGCGCUCGCGAAGCGCGUCAAGCAGCUCAGGAAGCUGGAUCAGGUGCCCACCGACGAGUCCGGGCCCGUCGCGGUGUGCGCCGUGCCGGACUUCUCGCGGGAGGCGUCGCUGCUGGCCUGGGCGGGCUCUGGCUUCAGCGAGACCGAGUCCUACCAGAUCGCGUGCUCUCUGCGUUCCUUGGCGUUCAAGGAGAAGGACAACGGUCUCACGAAGCUCCGCUUCUGGGGCAAGGUGCUCGGGACCGAGGCCGACUACUACGUGGCCGAGGCGCAGAAGGACGGGGCCGGCGAUGCGCCCGACCCCGAG